CGUCACACAGCGACGUCUGGGUCAGCGAAUUGCUGCGUGUCUUACUGCGGCGUUGGCAACACUGGUUGGCUGAGGUCGUGUAGAAGUUUUGACAAGAUUGAGAAGCUACAAAAAGUUUACACAAGCUUAGCAAGAGUGGACUGUCGCUGCAGACGUUUUUAGUUUGGUGAAAACAAUGGAGUCUGUCGCCCAGAAAGUGAUGGCUUCGGGAUUAAAUCUCGAUUUGGGACCCUUAAAGGAGCCUCUGGCGUUUAUCCGUGUGCUAGAAUGGCUGUUCUCCAUAUUUGCCUUUGCUACGACUGGAGGUUACAGUGGCUCCACCAGUUUCAAUCUCCAAUGCAGUGGACGUGCCUUUCAAGAGAUUCAAACGACGUUCAGCUAUCCUUUUAGGCUGAUGCAUCACUCGUUUGACGUCCCUGACUGUAAAGUCAAUCAAACAACCACAACUGUGAACUACUUGACCGGGAACUAUUCAUCUUCUGCAGAGUUUUAUGUCACCGUUGGAGUGUUGGCUUUCCUCUACUGCACAGCCACACUAGUCCUCUAUUUGGGCUACCAGCACUUGUACAGAGAAUCAAGCCGAGGCCCCACUGUGGACCUGUUGGUGACGGCAGCGUUCACCUUCUUGUGGCUGACAUCGUCCUCUGCUUGGGCAAAAGGUCUGACUGACGUGAAAAGGGCGACCAGUCCGACGUUCAUUAUCACUUUACUUGAAGUGUGUCUAAGCCCUGGCAACAGCUGCACCGCAGGAGCCUUUCCCCUCAUGGGCCGCCUAAAUUCCUCAGUGGUGUUUGGGUUCCUUAACCUCAUCCUGUGGGGGGGCAACUGCUGGUUCAUCUACAAGGAAACACCAUUUCACAAAUCUACCAACCAGCCUCCAAUAGUGGAGGAGGGCGUUGUGCCUUCAUAACUGUGUAGGUUUUUCUUUUCAGAGUAGGACGAUCCUUUCAGUCGUUUAAAAGGUAAUGUUGUUUUUGUGCAACAGGGUUGAAAAGCUGUAGAAGGUACUACAAAUAUUUCUAAAACUGAUUGCAUUUUUUUCCUUUGUUGACUUAAUCAAAUUUUUUACUGAUUUCAUGGAUACUAUGAGUUGUUGGCACAGAUCUGAUCAUUUUCUGGUGCGUUUCCAGAAGAAAUAAAUACCUGAAUUUUGAAGGUUUCAAUUUAUCUUCACGCAUCGUCAGUAUAAUUUAUGUUUUAUUUGAAUUUAUUAAAAAUAACAGCUUCCUUACGAUGUUACAUCUUGGUUAAAAAUGACCAUAGUGUUCAAAAUGAGCUUAAACUGGGAAGCACAUAUAUAAGUCGUUGGAUUUUCAUUUUUUGAAUAUUUUUUCCUUAAUUUUAUUAUAAAUGUGAAUGUUUUUUUUGUUUCAUACUGACUCUAUGCUACGUACAAUCGCCUUAGAACUCAGGGCUAUUAGUUAUACAAAGUAAACAUGUUCAUUUAUUUAAAAAAAUCACAAACAUGACCUGUUCAGAUGAUUUUGGAGGAUACAUUUCAACCGUAUCCCACAAUUUCAUCAUUUUUGUUCUCAAGGUUGAAAACAACAGUACCUGUUAUCAUCUCUUUUGUUGCAGUGAUGUAACUAGUUUAGACUGAAAAGUUACGUCAUAUCUUAAUAGUUAUUCUGUUUAUUCAAAAUGUGAUGUGUCUUAGUGAAGUUUUACCUUUGAGGCAGUUUCACUUAAAGUUAGCAAAUGUUUCGUUUUGCAUUCAGGGUUUAUUCUCCAUGUUUUCUUUUUUUUCCACCUAUGACUUCCAUCUUUAAAAGGAAACAUCCCAUAAUCGUAGCAGUUCUUUAUGCUUUUGCAAUUAAUGCUGUUUAACCUUAAAUAGUUGUUCUUGACUUAUUAAAGGUUUUGUAUGUUAACCUUCACAGCAAUACUGACCUUUCUCUUACUUUAUCAAACUAUCUUUAGAUGAAAAGUGUCAUAAUUCUAAAUACUAGUUACAUUUUUAAAACACAAGUAAAUUCUUUGUGUUUUCCUGAUGAUUAGCCAUUAGGGUUGUUAAAGACUUAUAAGUAAUAUUUUUGUUUGAAAAUAGCUGCAUGUGCAUAAUUUCCUAAUUGAACAUUGCUUAAUUAAUUUCACAUGAAAUAAAAGAAGGAAAAACAGUAAUUCGAUCAGCACUUGUACAUCGCUGUACACGUAGAACAGUCUUUGAGUUGCUCCUAAACAGCAGUUUUUCCAUCUUCUGUUGUAGAAGAAGAUUAAUAGAAACUGAAACUCUUUUCAUAACUUUUCUAUUUUUGCUGUUAUACAAGACUUUUUAUUUGAUGUUGCUUUGCAUGAUGUACUGUAUUCUUAUGGCUUCUGUAUUGAUGCAGAGUGAAGUUCAUGUUGCAUCUAAAUCCAUGUGUGGACAUUCAGUGUUGUUUGGUGAUGAUAAAAGUUUAACAUUUCUAA